AUUGAAAAACUUGACCAGAGGAAAGUUAAGAGGCAAGGUUGAUGUCGUAAGAACAAAGAACGGUGAGCAGACCCCUCUUUCCUUCUGUAUACCCAACUACAUUUGAACACGUUUUGGUAGUGGUAGCCUCCCAGUGAUGACUGGGUCAUAAGCCAAAGCCUUGACUUUUGACGGGUUCUUGGGUUUUUAUUUUUUAUAAUUUUUGUUAUCUGAUUAUUAUUCCUUUGUGAGUAUAAAUUAGAUGUAUGGAAAUAGAAUUUAAAAAACCAGGCCUUGUCAGAUCAAUCUGGACAGUGUGUGAAGCUGAGCGUCGGAGAUUUUAGACGAGGAAGUUGAAAAUUCAUGAGCUUGGGAAGACUUUUGUAUCAGGGGGGUUUUGCCCAUUCUUUUUUUUAAGUCAAGCAACAUUAAAGAACAGCUCGUUCUAUGCUUAUCUUUCAUUUGGUGUUCCCCAAAAGUCUCUCAGCCUUGCAAAUUUUCAUUUUCCUUCUGCCAAAGGAGCCUCCUUUCUGUGUUCUUUGAUCAUCUGAGUUUGACAGGUCUUCAAAGUUAUUUCAUUUGAAGCAUUUGUAGGCUGUUCAGUUUCCGGGGGUUGUAGCUGGUGUAUUGUACAGUCAUGACUUGCUUCUCUUUCUUAUUCAGUAGGAGGGUGGACUCAUCUACACGCCGAAAUUUUGACGUUGAUGAAGAAGUUUCUGGGAUUCAUGAUGUUAAACUUUACACAUACAAAGAAUUAAGAAUUGCCACUGAAGAUUUCAGUGAAGCCAAUAAAAUUGGAGAAGGUGGUUUUGGUUCAGUUCAUAAGGGACGGCUUAAAGAUGGGAAGAUUGCUGCUAUAAAAGUUCUUUCAGCUGAAUCAAGACAAGGAGUGAGGGAAUUUUUAACAGAGAUUGACGUAAUUUCAAAAAUUGAGCAUGAAAAUUUAGUUAAGCUCUACGGCUGUUGCGUUGAAGGAAAUCACAGAAUUUUAGUCUACAAUUACCUCGAGAAUAAUAGUCUUGCACAAACUCUCCUUGGUGGAGGUCACAGUAGUAUCCAGUUUAGUUGGGUGACACGGUCUAAAAUUUGCAUAGGAGUUGCACGUGGACUUGCCUUCCUUCAUGAGGAAGUACGGCCAUAUAUUGUUCACAGAGAUAUCAAAGCAAGCAACAUUCUCCUUGAUAAAGACCUAACACCAAAAAUUUCUGAUUUUGGUCUUGCAAAACUUAUCCCACCAAACUUAACUCAUGUUAGCACACGAGUGGCAGGAACAAUAGGUUAUCUGGCACCAGAAUAUGCAAUAAGAGGGCAGCUAACAAGGAAAGCAGAUGUUUACAGUUUUGGAGUCCUCCUAGUCGAAAUUGUUAGUGGAAGAUGCAACACAAAUACAAGACUGCCUGUUGAAGAACAGUAUCUUCUUGAAAGGACAUGGGAACUUUACGAACGCAAGGAGCUAAUUUUGCUGGUAGACACUGCAAUGGAUGGACAUUUCGAUGCUGAGGAGGCUUGCAGAUUCUUAAAAAUCGGUCUUCUAUGUACUCAAGACACCCCUAAGCUCAGGCCUUCGAUGUCAACUGUUGUCAAGAUGCUUACCGGUGACAUAGAAGUUUAUGACAAGAAGAUAACAAAGCCUGGCUUAAUAUCCGACUUCAUGGACCUUAAAGUUAGAGGUCCCUCGAAGAACAAGCCCAACAGAACAACUUCUUCUUCGUAUAUUGUAUCCUCAGGCUCGGACAACUUGGACACUACAACAGCAAUGUCCUCAGGAGCAUCAACCACUGCUCCUACUACACCCACUACAACUAUUACAACUACAAGCAUUUGAUUGGUCGCAUUUAGAUUGCGCAAAGGUCUGUGAUUUCAUUUAUUUCAUUCUGAUUGAGUUUCUGAGGCAUCGCAUAUUUUGUAAAUUGUACAACAAUGUUGUUCUUAUCACUCUUUUGUGCUAGACUUUUUGCUGAACGUGUAAAUGUAAAUGGACCAGCUGGUGGUAAUGCAUUGAAAAUUUUUCGCGGAUUGAUCUGUAUGUAUCUUUGCUUUCAAAGCACAAAAAACCACUGUCAUAACCAAUCUUUAGCUGUAUUUUUAGAUGUGUAUUUGGUUAGAUUAUCUUAGUUUCUUUGUUUCCCUUGGUAGUUGAGACUUUGAAGUUUUAGAAUCUCAAACACAGGAUGGCGGUUGGACCAACCGAGAAAGCGUUAGAUGAGAAUUUCUGUAGAGCAUAAAAGCUCAUGAUUGUUCUACCAUUUUGUGCAAAUGUAAUCUAAGCUUUUGAGUGGAAAAUUCAGCUGUAUAGGCAUUGGUUGUU